CUUGACCUUUGGACUUGCUCUUGCUCUUGACUUGCUUAUUGUUGCAUUAAUCUUCUCUGGACUCAGGAGACUGUAGUUCCAUUUCUUCUACGAAACACGCUGCUGGCAUCCAACUCCCAUGGCUCAAAUGGACUCGAGUCUCCGUGCUCGACACGAUCGGGAACUAAAUGAAGCGGACCCUAGCGUCAUCCCGACCGCCUCGGAGCCGGAGCAGGAUGUCACCACCAUUUCGCACGACCGGCUCACGCUGACUUGGCUCGAGAUUCCUGCAUGGCAGAGGGACAAUGACUACAUUCUGACGGGAUACAGAAGAGCCCAAUACAGCUGGCGCGGCUGCGCGUACUCGAUCUUUGGAUAUCUGCAUAAUGAGACUGUGAACAUCCAGACCCACCUCUUUGGCGCGGUCCUCUUUGCAGUCCUACUCAGCACAUUCCAGCCAGUAUACUUCAUCCACUAUGAGUCGACAAACUGGCUGGACUUCACAGUGUUCACUAUCUUUUUGACGGCGGCUGUAUUCUGUUUGCUCUCGAGUUCAUUUUAUCAUACAUUUUCUGUCCAUUCCAAGGAGGUGUCGUUGCGGUGCCACGCUGUAGACUACGCCGGCAUUGUGGUUCUCACAGUGGGCUCGUUCUUCCCCUGCAUCUACUAUGAGUUCUACUGUGAUACGGCGCUGCAAAUGCUCUACCUUUCCCUAAUCGUGCUCGUCGGUACAGGUGCCGCUUACAUUGUUCUCAAUCCGGAAUAUACCAAGCCAUCGCACCGCGGCGCUCGAACGAAGGUGUUCAUAGCGCUCGGGCUCAGCGCCAUCUUCCCUGUCGGGCACGGCUUCGUCACUCAUGGCCUGCAAAAACUCUGGUCGGAAAUGGGAUUUGGUUGGCUCAUCGCUUCCGGGCUGCUCUAUAUAGCGGGUGCAUUGCUCUACGCCAAUCGUGUUCCGGAACGCUUCUCGCCGGGCACAUUUGACCACUUCUUCGCGUCCCAUCAGAUUUUCCACGUCUGUGUCGUCCUGGCGGCGCUUGCUCAUUACGCGUGCGUGCUGACCGCGUUCGAUCAUGCGCAUAGCAGAAUAGGAUAUUGCUCUUCCUGAUAGGAUUUGCGGCGCUCUGGUACUCUUGUUGCUCUACCAAUAGAUCAUAGAAUAUAGAAGGUCAUCCAACGUCGCUUCUGGUUGUAUCGUUAAACUCUCCCGUCUCUGUCGCUGUCGUUGCGCGGAUCGGCCUUGUGGAUCUGCUGCUAUUUUUUACGGCAAAUCCGCCAAUCUUCGUUAACAGGGACAUCGGUUUGUGGCGUGGCGUGCGGCGUCAGACCUUGUUGCUGAGACAUAUACUGGGCCGGCUGCCGAUUUGUUACCAUGCCCUUUAUUCG